GCGGCCAUGUUGUGAAAAUCGCAGGUCGGGUUCCGCCGGAAAUCGAGAACGUUUACUGACUUAGAAUAGCCGACGAUAAGAGUCAACUUGCCGGCAACACGUCAGGAUGGACGAAACCCUGUAUCCCAUAACAGAUAUGGUGAUUUCGCCGGAAUCGAUCCUGCCGGGCGACAAUGAACUCACAGAACUGUCGGAGGGGAUAACCACAGCAGUAGUAGCCCAGCACAUGGAGAUCUCCGAACCGCUCAUUGUUCUGAAGGGCCUGUUAGAGACUCGUCUGGGACUCAAUUUAAGAGAUUUCAAAUUCUUUCUACAAGACACCCAGGAAUUGGAUCCGCAGAGAAAUCUCGUCGAUCAAUGCGUUCAGGGUGAAGGUCUCGUCCAAGUCAACGUGGAGAUAAGCUAUAAGAAUCGCAGCAAAAAAAUCAAUAUCGUGGACGUUUUGAAGCCGUCGGACGAAACCCUGGCAGAGCUGGAGGCCGAGGCGGCUCCGAAGAAGAAAAAAGAGAAGGACGAGCAGGUCACCAAAUGGGUGCAGUCACCGGAGUUCAAAUUCAUCAUGGACCGCGAGGACAUACCCUCAAAUCCACAAUUGUGGCAAUACACACACACUCAGCGCUGGUUCAAAUGGGCAGCGAAACACUUCAAACUACCGGCAAUGUCAGUCAACCACGACCUGUGGCUAAUUUCUGGCAAGCAGCUCGGCCAGUUGACGCACGAACAGUUCCUCGAAAAAGUUCCCUAUGACCCUUCGGACCUGAUGUGGACGCAUCUUGAGCUUCUGAGAAAGUGCAAAAUCGUCGCCAUCGUCCAGAACACUACCGAAACAUCCCCGGAGAGCCCUGCGAGCAACAAGAAGAAGAUCGCACGGAAAGGCUCGAACCUCCCGUUGAUGCCAGCGAAUCGGCAAUCCCUCGAGUUGCUCAACAAUCGUACCGGAAACAACGGACAAGUUCAGCUUUGGCAAUUCCUCCUCGAGAUGCUGACCGAUAAGGACGCGCGAGACUACAUAGCUUGGUCGGGGAACGACGGCGAAUUCAAGCUCUUGAAUCCCGAAAUGGUGGCUCAGAUGUGGGGUCUGAGGAAAAACAAGCCCAACAUGAACUACGAGAAACUUUCUCGAGCUUUACGGUAUUACUAUGACGGAGACAUGAUCACCAAAGUGCAGGGAAAGCGAUUUGUGUAUAAAUAUGAUGUAGAUCUCAAACAGCUGAUCGGAUACGACGCCUGUGAACUCAAUCGGCUCGUGAUGGAGGCCGAGCAAAAGAAGAUCUCGAAAGAGCUCCGCGCGGCUUCAUCGAAUUUAUUGAUCUGAGUUCCCGAAAGAUAUUUGACCAUGAAGUGUGCAAGAGCUGCUAUUGACUUGGAAUAUAUUUUUCGUAUCUGUUAGGAAUAAAGGUAAAUACUGU